GCAUAGAGUUGAAAUUAUUACUGGGGGUAGAUGCCUCAACUGAGAAAAGUGAACAGCUAUUAUCUUUGGACGGUGUGAUCUUCAAGAGAACCAAACUUGGAUGUAUUAAACUGAAGAUUUAAAGGUACAACAUAUGGACUGCAGUUUACUAAUCUAGUCAAUGUUUGUAACCUGUGAUCUCUAGUCAAAGCCAAUUACUGCCAUGGCCACCGAGUGUACAGAACCUAGUCCUCCCGACCUUUCAACUUUGACCCUGAGUCAAUCCACAGAAGAGUCAAAUGAUCAAGUUGACAGUCAGGGUAAUGUAAACAAUGGGCGAUUGUCUCCUACCAGCCAGGGGCGUGUCAACCAUCUUGUUAAGCUGCUUCACAGUCAUGAAGCUAAGAUAGGAGCUGAUUCCCAGGGCCGGCCAGUUAUAGAGUACGAAGAUACAAACAAACCUUUGUACUGGGAUGCUUCCAACGCAAAUGUCAUAACAACCCCAAAGGCUGCAGAUCAUCAGCAGAAAAUAGAUUCCUGUUUAGAACUGAUUGAAUACCUGAAGAAAAACAAGAAUCCUUCAGGAGUUACCAUGGAUAGUUCAAAGAUCAGCCCUAGUAAAUCCAAUUGGUAUGAAGAAGGGUCAGAGUUUGAGAAAACUCAGGAAAUAUUGGGUACAGGAAACACGGCAGGUGACAUAUUUGUGCUCAAGGACAAAAAGACCAACACAGAACAUGCUCAGAAGACGAUAAUGAUAUCAGUUUUCCGUAAAGAAGAAAUCCAAUCGUGGGUGGAUCUGAAUGAAACCGGAGUCGCCCCGAAACUCUACCUCUUCAAGGUCAAAGGGAACAGGGUCCAUAUUCAUAUGGAACAGUUAAAAAAUGUGGUCACUUUGAGAGAAGUCAUUGAUUCCCACAUGGAAACAAUCAGACAGACCAAUCCUGACCUUGUUCGUCCGUUUUCCCUCUGCGUUUUCCAUGGCUUGCUAUCUGCUGUCCGAACUAUGCAUGAAAAUAACUGGACACAUAGGGACUUGCAUGCUGGAAACAUCUUGCUCCAGAGAGAAUCAGACUGCUCUAUCAAAGUUCGCAUUGUUGACUUUGGAUUAGCAUCGCGGUUAGAUGAGACGGGAGGAUUGGAGGGGUUCCGAAUGGACAUCAAAGAAUCUGUCCGUAAACUCAGUGCUCUGUAUGUAGAUCAGGAAUUCAGCAAUCCGAGAGAUGUGGACAAAAACGGGGCUUGGAAGUCUGAUCUUGGUGAUGCGGCCGACCUCUUUCAACUUAGUAGAUCAGAACGGGUAGAACUGUUCAGCUUGGUCGACAGCACAUUACAAAUUGUUGCUCCGUCCGAGACUCAGAACAUUCAAGAAGCUGUUCAGAAGAAAUUAGAAAAUAUAGAUCUAGACAAGAUGAUGAAGGAAGUGAUCCCCAUACUAUUUCCUCCGUUUGAGAUGUACCAGCCUGUCCAUCGCCGGGGGCAAAGUACCAUGGAUUCAAGUACACAAAAAAUAGAUGACGAUGGUUCUGGAGAUAAUGUAACUGACAGCAAUUUCAGUUCAACAGAAACGACGGAUGCAGAUGCUAUGUUGAAAAGCCUCCGUCUUGAGAUGGGUGUUGGGGAAGACUUUGCUGUGUAACCUUGCCUAUGAAAAUAAAAGAACUUAUAGUAAAGCUGUAUUGGAUACGUGAAGCUGGAGAAAUUUUGAAAUAUUUGAAUAGCUGGUCUUGAAAGUUUUCAGCAUUAAUUAAUUAAUGAAAAAUUAUCAUAUAUAUGUAUAUGUAUAUGUAUUUUUUAUUUAAUAAUCAGUCUUGAC